AUGGAGAAGAGACCAGAAGCGAUCAAAGAAAAAGAUGAUUUGGGAUGGACGCCUCUUCAUUACGUUGCUUACUUGGGCAAAGUCGAAGCAGUUCGACUACUCUUGCAACACGAUACUUCUGUGGCAUAUGAAUUAGACAAAGCAGGGGAAUUAGCUCUUCACCUUGCAGCAUUUCAUGGCUGUAUCAAUGUCAUUGAUGAGCUUGUUAGAUCCUGUCCUAAUGCUUGUGACAUGAUAAACACCAAAGGGCAAUCGGCUCUUCAUGCAGCUAUUAUCGGUGGACAAAACAAUGCGAGCAUUUCUGCUAAAAUGGCUCGUCAAAUGUUGAAAGGAUCUUAUGGAAUCCCGAGUUUUCAAGUUUGGUUUACUGAACAUGGUAAGAAGAGGUUAGAUAAGCAAUUCGUUCAGGGUCAACCAUCUGUGUCUAUAAACACAGGAAGUAAUAUUGCCAACCGAGAUAAUUUUGGUUUGUCAAAAAGAGGCAUUAUGGAUAUGCAACUACUAGUGGCAGGGCUCAUAGCCACAGUAACCUUCACUGCGGCCUUCACAGUGCCCGGAGGUUAUAACAACGAUGGACCAGAUCGAGGAAUGGCGAUUCUCGGCAGCGUCAAGAGCCGAUACAGACUGUGGGAUGUUUCAUUCAAGUCGCAACGAUCGGGAUGA